CCACCUCCCCUCCUUUCGGUUGUUGUCUGACUUGUCUCCUACUCUCCUCGCCUUCCCCCUUGCCUUAGGGUUUAUCCCGCGCUCCGCCUCGCUCCGUCCCUCCCUGAUUCGCGCGAUCUCCGCGCGGCCAUGGUCUCCGGCGCGGCGCCCAACCCGGACGGGGGCGGCGCCCAAAACACCCAGCGCCCGCCGCCGCUUACUCAGGCCGGGGCCCGGACGGCCCUCGCCACGCCGCCGGCGGUCUCCGGCGGCGCCGCGCACUCCGCUUCUACCAGUGGGGGCAGCGCCGGCUCACCACCGUCCAGCCGCAGCGAGCAGCACGCCCCCGACGGUGCUGCCAAGGGUCCCGCCCUCGGGGCCGCGCCCGCGGCGGCCGCGUCCACGCCGGCCAGCGACAGCACGUUCCUCCGCUUGAAUAAUCUCGACAUCAACGGCGACGACGCGCCGUCGUCGCAGGCUCCUACGAGCAAGAAGAAAAGGAGAGGCACACGGGCAGUGGGUCCUGAUAAAGGUAACCGGGGACUGCGCCAGUUUAGUAUGAAAGUUUGUGAGAAAGUUGAAAGUAAAGGGAGAACAACAUAUAAUGAGGUGGCAGAUGAACUUGUUGCUGAGUUUACAGACCCCAACAAUAAUAUUGAGGCACCAGAUCCUGAUAACCCUAACGCGCAACAAUAUGAUGAGAAAAAUAUACGACGAAGAGUUUAUGAUGCUUUGAAUGUUCUGAUGGCUAUGGACAUUAUAUCUAAAGAUAAAAAGGAGAUCCAGUGGAAGGGCUUGCCGCGUACUAGUAUAAGUGACAUUGAAGAAAUGAAGACGGAGCUUGUGGGACUGAAAGGUAGGAUUGAAAAGAAAAGUGCUUAUCUACAGGAGCUACAAGACCAAUAUGUAGGUCUGCAAAACCUGAUUCAACGAAAUGAACAGUCAUAUGGUUCAGGAAACACGCCUUCUGGUGGAGUGGCUUUGCCAUUUAUCCUAGUUCAGACCCGACCUCAUGCUACCGUGGAAGUUGAGAUAUCAGAAGAUAUGCAGCUGGUGCAUUUUGACUUCAAUAGCACCCCAUUCGAGCUGCACGACGACUCAUACGUCCUAAAAGAAAUGCGAUUCUGUGGAAGAGAACAACAUGACAGCACUCAAGAGUCGAUAUCAAAUGGAGGUGAGAGCUCAAGCGUGUCAAAUAUUUAUUGGCAACACGUACAGCAUGUGGAAAGGCCAAACAAUGGCACAGGUAGGUUACCGAGCUCACCGCCUAUUCCAGGGAUCUUGAAAGGGCGUGCGAAGCACGAGCACUAACGCUAGGGUGUUGGUUCACUUUCCUUUUCGUCUGAGCAGUUGGUUUUAUUGCAUUUCUCCGUUGUGUAAAGGGCCCUGUAAAUUAUUAGGCAAGCGGGAGCGUAGCUUGAUCUAAUUUAGCUCUGCACCAGAUUGGUAGAACGACGGGUGCUCUAAGUAGUUGUGUAACUAUAACUAUCCUUGAAUCGGUUUCUUUAGUAUGGUUGAGAGAAGGGUUGACAUGUAAUUUUGUAGAGCCUUGUAAAAUUAAAAUUGUUGAUUUCUAUCAGGGUGAAAUUUCUGGGCACAA